GGUAAUUCCAAAUUCCAAAAACAAUAAUGUUUCCAGAAAUCACCAUUGAUGUUAACGUCUUUCCGAGUCCACGCAAGUCUGCAUCAAAUACAGUCGAGAUCAAUCUCAAGCUUGAGAGAGACGACACGUGUGAUCAUGCUCCUCCGUUCCCAAUCACUCACCUGAUCUUAAACAACAUGGUUAGCUUUGAUCCACACAAGACAUCUUCUCUCCUCUAUUCAACCUUCCAAGACGAUCUCUUACGCAGUCGUCUCUGCGUCGAGAUGGCUUUAGCUUCCGAGCGAGUUCCAGCGCCUUUUAACAUGUACCUUCACGGCACAGUGAGAUUCAUCGGAUCAUCUUCUUCUAGUUCUACUCAAGACAAUGAGACAUGCGCUAUUUGUUUGGAGGAUAUGUCAGAAGAUGUACAAGACUUUGAGAUGCCGAAUUGUCCCCAUGUGUUUCAUGAUAACUGUAUCUACAAGUGGUUAAUUGAUAGUACUCUUUGCCCUCUCUGCCGCACUGUUAUUCUUGAAGAUGACGAUGACGACAACCAUCCCUACUACUACUCCUAAACAGAGUCAUGAAGAUUUUUGUUUUAGGGUUUUUAGAUUAAGAAAGAUGGAUUCAUUCACACGUUUCUUUUGUUCGCCGACUACUUGUAAUAAUCUUAUAAUCAAAGCUGUUACGCUAA